AUGCCCGACGAAGACUAUCUCGUCGAUCACUUGCGGAUCCUCUUCAUCCACGAGUCCACGCCGUACCGCAUCGCCCAAUACCUCGAGGAUGCCGUUCCACGACCUCGGCAUCCGCAUACAAGUAGUGUCACCAAGUUUUCCAAGGGAAUGACGAUCGAGCGGGACGCAAAGUGGGAAUUCGGUUCCCAAGCUCGUAGUACCAUGGUGAAAUGGGCCAUCCAACUGGUGGAUUACUUCGAACUUCCUCGCCAAGUUGCUGCCACCGCGGCGCAUUUCUUGGAUCGGUACCUUUCCUCCUGGUCCUGUUCCAAGAGUGACUUGCAGUUACUCAUGAUGAGUGCCCUUUACCUCGCCAUCAAAACACACCAACGACACCCACUUCUUUCGGUAGAGACCAUGCUGCGAACGAGUCGGGGUCUCUUUAGUCGAGACCAACUCCUCCGCAUGGAACGACACCUUUUGGACGCGCUCACCUGGCGCCUCCAUCCGCCCCUACCCGAAAACGUCCUGGACAUCUUCUUGCGGGUCCUCGUCCGCUGUUAUCCGGUGGAACAGCACACCGCAAUCAACGAUCAGUGUCUAUACUACUUGGAUACCGCCCUCGUCGACGGAUUCUUUGUCGGCCACGCGCCAUCGGUCGUUGCCAUGGCGGCCUUGUGCCAGGUACUGGAACUCUACAUUCGUAACGAUACACACGAAGGCUAUCCGCACCCCAUGCACGAACUCAUGCGUCGUACACAUCUCAUGAUCCCCGCCGGACCGUGUCACGCCUGUCGAGACCGCUUCGCAAGAAUCAUGGCGGCGGACGAAACCGUACCCGAUGCGCUGCCCAAACCCGGUUCCCAGCCCGUGGCACGGGAGCGGAUGCCUUCGCCCGUCAGUGUGCUGCAUCCCUCCCUGGAUCAUGCCGGGAAAGAGGCGUAG